AGUUUAUUCGUCAAUAGCGAUCGCUACGUGUCAGUUUAAUCUUGACCGUACGAUUGACUUACCCAUCAUUUCUCUCUUUCAUAUUUCUCAGUGGUUCUUUGAUCCUCUGCCUCCUCACUCUAAUACUGUGACUAUUAAAAUCCUCUCUAAACCCUUUACCAUUUCUCAUCGCACCGCAAUUUCCACAAAAUUCGGUUCAACCUUUGUAGAAUUUCUACUUCGAUCAAAUUUCUUUAUGGAGUCUGUGACUUCGAAUUCGGUGCCGCCAUUUCUGAGCAAGACAUAUGACAUGGUGGAUGACCCGUCUACGAAUUCGGUGGUGUCUUGGAGUAGCAAUGAUAAUAGUUUUGUGGUUUGGAAUGUGCCGGAGUUUCAAAAGGAGCUAUUGCCCAAGUAUUUCAAGCACAGCAACUUCUCUAGCUUUGUUAGGCAAUUGAAUACUUAUGGUUUCAGGAAGGUUGACCCAGAUCGCUGUGAAUUUGCGAAUGAGGGGUUCUUGAGAGGGCAAAAACAUCUCUUGAAGAGUAUAUCUAGGAAAAAGCCUCUUCAGAUACACAAUAAUCAACCACCUCUAGUUCAGAGCUCUAAAGUUCCAGCAGUCAUUGAAGUUGGGAAAUUUGGACUAGAGGAAGAGGUUGAAAGACUCAAGCGGGACAAGAAUGUGCUUAUGCAGGAACUUGUUAGAUUGCGGCAGCAGCAGCAAGCUACAGACAACCAGUUGCAGACUGUGGGGCACCGCGUGCAGGUAAUGGAGCAGAGACAGCAACAAAUGAUGUCAUUUCUUGCAAAGGCCAUGCAAAGUCCAGGGUUCUUGAAUCAGCUUGUGCAGCAGAACAAUGAAAGCAAGAGGCACAUUACUGGAGGCACUAAAAAGAGGAGACUUCCUGGACAAGGAGAAGAAAAUUUGGCAAGCAAGGUAGGCAGUAGUCCUCCAAAUGGACCAAUUGUGAAAUUCCACUCUUCAAUGAAUGAAGCAGCAAAAGCAAUGGUGCACCAGAUCCUGAAGAUUAAUUCAUCGUCUAGGCUGGAACCACCAAUGAACAACUCUGGUCCUUUCCUGAUUGGCAAUCUUCCUUCUUCCAAUGCAUUAGACAGCAGCAACACUUCAAGUCGAAUCUCAGAAUUGAUGCUUCCGGAGGUUCCACCAGCUUCUGGGCCAUCAAGUUUUCCUAUUGAUUCAGGGUUUUCUGUCAGUCAUACAUCUGAUGCCAUAUCUGAGGUCGAAUCCUCAUCUUGUGCUGUAAGUGACCUAAAUAUGGACCAUCUUUCUGAGAUGAGAGUGAAUAACUUGGUGCAAGACACGGUUCUGCCUAAUUUCAAUCGGAGAGAAAAUUUCAAUCGGAGAGAAGCAAUUGUUCCAGAAAGCGCCAUUGGAAUUCCUAAUACAAAUUUUGUGGGUUCUGAGAUUGGGAGUAAGGAGAACAUCAGUCCACUGUCAUCUGUUUUGGACAUGGAAAUGCCUGUAGAAGUGCCAACUGACGCCAUUUUUCCCAAUCAAGAUACAGAGGUUUUGGUGGAUGGGAUCCCUAAGCUUCCUGGCAUUAAUGAUGUGUUCUGGGAACAGUUCCUUACAGCGAGCCCAGUCACAGGGGACACAGAUGAAAGUGAUUCAAACUCACCACAGAGCCGCAUGAACAGGGAACAAGAAUUACAACCGUGGGAAGAGGAUGGAUGGGACAAUAUUCAAAACAUGAAUCAUCUUACAGAACAAAUGGAGCUUCUUGCAUCAGCAGGCACAAGGGGGUGAAUUUUCACCAAUUGUACAUACUUCUCUUGCUAUCAAAGAGUUGCCGUUUUGCGCUGCCGAGCAGACAUAAAAGCUUUUUGCUUAGAGAGAAGAUGGCAAGGCUUUUUUUUUUUUUUUUUUCCCAUUUUAAAGUUCAACCACUCUACUUUUUACCUUUAUCAAGUGUAACAUGGUAUUGUAGUCUGUGAUUGGUUAUGUGUGAAGGUCCUAAAUGAAUGAUAUUAUGCAAUAUUUUGUCACAAAUGUGGAAUGAGAAUGAGAAUUUCUUUCAAUACUAA